GUACCUGCAUGUAGUUAUCGUGACUUGGAUCGAGAACGAGAUCGCAGAAGCGUGAGUCCUUUUAGACAUGGAUAUAAUCAGGAUGAAAGAGAAAGAGAUGGAAGGAGGUACGAUCGAAAAAGUCCACAAAGAGAUUAUCGAAGAGAAGCAACAUCUUCACGUCAUGAAGAUCGUCAUGUAAGAAGAGAUGAUCGUUAUUCUCAACGAGAUGGCUAUCACAGAAGAAGGGAUCCAUCUCCUCCCACACGACAAGCAAGAAGGGAUGAAGAAGAGCGUAAACAGAAACGACAAAAAGAGAAAGAAGAAGAAGAAGAGCAGCAAGUAUCACUGGCAGCUGCUGAUGCUAAAGCAAAGCAAGAACUAGAAGAAAGAGCUCAAAAUGGUGAUGAAGAUGAAGAAGAUAUGAUGAAAGCGAUGGGAUUCGGUGGAUUUGGUACAAAAAAGGGUAAAAAAGUACAAGGCAAUCAAGCGGGAACGGCAGAAGUACGAAAAGAGUGAACAUGGAGACAAUAUAUGCAACGUAAAGGUGGAUUUAAUCGACCAUUGUCACCUGUUCGCAAAGGAUAGAUCAGUGGAGACAAGCAAAUGCAGAUGGAUGAUGUCAGCCAAGACGUUCAAAUUGGAAACCGUUGGGAAGCCAUCUUGUGCGUGGGUUGCAUUGCCGUUUUAGAUUUUGCACUUGUAAAGUAUCCGACUGGUUCAUGACACGUCAAGCGAAGGAUCUUUCUGUGGAUCAUAUUGAUUUGCAAA